AUGGACACCAACGAGCGAUCUAGCAGUAGCCGUGAAUUCCAUUCUAAACUCGAUAUUAGCGGGGUGGUCGAUGAGGAGGGGGAUGCCCUCCUUGGCGAUUCGCUCUCUGAACAAGGUGAUGACAGCCACCGCUCUUUAAUAAAACAAGAGUCUUGGAAUGAGCCUAAGGUCAAUGCAAUGCGCUUCGUCUCUGUCAACCUUACAUUUGUGAUUAUGGGUAUGAACGAUGCCUGCCUUGGUAUAGAACCUUACUACGAUGUCAACUACACCACAGUGUCAUUGCUAUUUGUCGUUCCUUUUGUGGGAUACCUCGCCGCUGCCUUGGCAAACAACUGGAUUCAUGUCACUAUUGGCCAGCGUGGAAUCUCCCUACUUGGCUCCAUUUGCCGGUUGAUAGGUUAUGUACCAAUGGCUUUGCAUCCCUCUUCCUUCGGAAUCCUCCCCGCCGCUAUGGUGUUUACCGGCUUGGGGAAUGGCCUCAAUGAUAGCGCAUGGAAUGCUUGGGUUGGGAAUCUCCACAACACAAACGAGCUUCUGGGCUUGCUCCACGGCUCCUACGGUAUUGGCGGUACCCUUGCCCCUUUGCUUGCUUCAGUCAUGGUCACUAAGCUCCAACUUGAGUGGUACAAUUUCUUCUACCUCAUGAUAAGCCUUUCGGCUCUCGAGCUCGUUGUGGGCCUGCUCUCUUUCUGGGGCGCUACUGGGGCCGAGUAUCGCAAGAGGCACAGGUUAGAUGAAGGGACCAGGCCCAUCAGUACUGCCGACGUUCUCCGUAAGCCACUUCCCUGGCUCAUGUCAGCCUUCCUCCUUGGAUACGUCGGUGUCGAGGUCUGUCUUGGUGGAUGGAUCCCGACAUUCAUGCUGAAGGUACGGCAUGCGAGUGGCUGGCUAGCUGGAAUCGCCGUGACCUGCUUCUGGGGCGGUUUGACUGUAGGCCGAGUUGUCCUCGGUUUCAUCACAGGCCGCAUCGGAGAAAAAUUAGCUAUUAGCAUAUACCUCGGACUUUGUAUCGCCUUGGAGGUUCUAUAUUGGGCAGUUCCAAGCAUUGAGGUGACACUGGCUUGCGUCAUUAUGCUGGGCUUCUUUCUUGGGCCAUUAUUCCCUGCCGCGAUUGUGGUUAUGACAAAACUCCUGCCUGCCGAAGAGCACGUCGCCUCGAUUGGUAUCGCUGCCGCAAUUGGCGGAAGCGGUGCGGCUAUCCUGCCAUUUGUUGUCGGAGUUCUAGCUGAGAGAAAGGGCGUUGAAGUCCUGCAGCCAGUCGUGUUGGCAGUCUUUACCAUUAUCCUGAUCCUGUGGAUGUCUGUCCCAGGAGGCCUGCGCAAGGGAGGUUUGGAACGGGCAAGAAAUCAGCAGACAGCUGCAACAGAGAUGCAAAUACUGGAGCACCGAGUCGAAGGAUGA